AAACCAACACUAAAUAAAAAAAAAUUUAAGCAACCUGUUUGUUGUAUUUUAUGUGGACUGUUUAAUGUAAAAUUUACUAGCAGUGAAUAUUGUGCUAGUAUCAAACCAAAGAAAGCAAGGCAGUUGCAAGCCUUUAAAAUUGUGCCUAUUUGUUCAUAUUGUCCAUAUUUUCUAAGAAUCCUUGUCAUUGUAGAACGAGAUUAGUUGAAACUGACAGUGUGAGGGACCAGAUUCAAAUGAGGACAAAAAAGUGUUCAAAGUAGAAAAAGUUUCAGUUUAAUUCUUCUAAAAAAUAGUUAAAGCUUCAAGAUUUAAUGCAAGAAUAAGUCAAAGGAUAAAUAACAAAUUUGGGCCCAAAUUAACUGAGGUCAACUGAACUCUAACUGAACACAAACAAAACUGACCUAAAAACUGCUCAACCCUUUUGCGUGCGAGGACUAUGGCAAAUGAUACAAGUUUUACGUGUGUGGACCCCAUUUCUACAUACAAGGGUUAAAUAGGGGUGGAGUAACCUAAAUCUACCACAUGAGGAAGGCAUAACAUAAUAAAAUAAACAAAUACAAAAAUUAACUAAAGCAUCCUAUGAAACAAAGCAAAAUUAACUUUAACUUAGCACAAACAAUAAGUGAAUAUUUAAGUGACAAAAUUAACUAAUUAAAAUCAACUUGAAAUAACAAAGUCUCCUCCCCUUCAGUCUUUUAAAAAAAACAAAUGGUAUGCUCCAGGUUUCCUACUCCAGGCGGUCUGUAGUUGCAGCACCUCAAACAAAAGAACAAGUGUGUGUAAACCACUCAGACAGACAUUAUCUAAAGUGUGCACCCAUUAGAAAACAUAUAUCUAAAUGAAAUAUUUAACUUUAGCAUACUAUAACUAAUAUAGAGGGAAAAAAAUACAUACUAACACGAUGUGGUGGUGGUAAGAGCAUCCACCACAGACAGCAUUUGGUGGAACAAUUGAUUUUCUUUUGCCAAUAUUUACCCACUUAAUCUCUUUUAUUUUAUUUUCUGUUUGACAUAUGGAUGUUUUUAAGUUGAAUAGUUAAAACGGUUUUGUUUUCCUUUAUGAAGCUACAAAUCUUUAUAAAUAGCAAAACAAUUGUGAAACACAUUACCCUGCAGAGAGAAAUCACACGGUGUUUGUGGCUCAUGGCAGUGCAGUCGCCUUUCCACUGACUGCUUUCCUCAUCUCGUAGUCAAAGUUUCCUUCCCCUUUUAGCUUCAUACCCACUUGAAGUUUUAGAACCACCUCCAUUUUGUUCUCUUUGGACUAAUUUGUGCAAAUGCUGAAUGUGAGUACUUGGUGUUUCCAGAGGGAGCAAAAGGAGAGAAGGUUCUAUAGGUGGUCUGGCACAUUAAGUCCUGCUUUUUUAGUAAAAGACAACAAAAACAGAUGACCAGUUUGUUUGUUUCUAUUCUAUUCUAUUUUACUGUGUUAAGUUGAGUUAAAGGAACACUGUGAAGCCUGUUCUUUCUUUGCUAGGCCUUUGCCUCUUACACCUUCCCCGCCCAGUUCUCCUCUGGCCACCCUGCGUUUUUUUAUGAUAUGACAUCAAACCACAAUGCAUUGCACUGUUUGUCGUUUACCCAAGGUCUCCAUGGCGAUAAAAACCGGCUCGGCCCCCUUAUUCAAAUUGAACCGGAAACCAAGAUCAUUUUGGACCAAUCUCUGCGCUCUGGGGUGACAUAAUGGAAUUUUUAGGGUAGAGAAAGGUCUGGCGCUGCGCAUAGCAGACGUGCCAUCGGGAAAAGACAAUGUCAUAGGCGCGCAGAGGAGACACAUCAGAACCCCUGAGGCGCACUACCUGAAGUUCUGGGCUGACAGAGAGACUAAGCACACAGAGGACACAGAGAAAGUGUUCGUAUCUACUCCCCCCCUGUUCCCCCCACCCCUGUCUGUAUUGAAACGACUCACAGCCUCUCAUGUGAGGGUGUAGAAUGGAAACAACUCUCUACCCGGUCCCCGUGGCGAACAGCAUCAAGAGCACGAUGAUGAAGAGGGAGAUCAGCCUGAACCAGGAGGACCAGAACUCAGAACUGAAACCGAACCUGCUCCGGGACACGGGUGGAAUUAUAAACUCGCAGGAUUUGGGACUCCUAAAACUAGCCUCUCCGGACCUGGAGCGUCUCAUUAUCCAGUCUCACCCGAACUCUCAGUUCAUGUUUCCGAAGUCGGCCAGUGAGGAGCAGGAAUUCGCGGAAGGCUUUGUCAAGGCGCUUGAGGACCUUCACAAGCAGAACCAGCUGAGCGACGCAGGGUGCGUGUCCGUGGACCGGCUGGAGCUCCUCGGAUCCCCCAGCACCGCCGGAUCCACGGGGCUCCAGCCGUCGGACCUCCCCGUCUACACCACCUUGAACGGCUACGCCGCGGCUCCGCUGGGCGCCGCCGCCAUUAACUACUCCACGGACACCAUCCCCUUCCCGCCACCUCCAACCCACGCGGCCAGCGCGCAGCAGCAGGCGGCCGCCGCGGCGUCGUUGUCACGGCUCCAGCAGUCCGUCAGCGCGAUGAAGGACGAGCCGCAGACAGUCCCGGACAUGCAGAGCUGCGGGGACAGCCCUCCUCUGUCUCCCAUCGACAUGGACAACCAGGAGCGCAUCAAGGCGGAGAGGAAAAAGCUGCGGAACCGGAUAGCCGCCUCGAAGUGUCGCAAGAGGAAGCUGGAGAGGAUCUCCCGGCUGGAGGAGAAGGUCAAAACCCUGAAGACGCAGAACACCGAGCUGGCCUCCACUGCCAGCGUGCUGAGGGAGCAAGUGGCCCAGCUGAAGCAGAAGGUGAUGAGCCAUGUCAGCAGCGGAUGCCAGCUUUUACCAAACCAGGUGCAGGCAUACUGACGCUCUCCUACGGGGAACUGGAUGCUCUCCUAUAAUAACAAUUUCCUGUAACUACGGAUCUUAGCACAGACUUAAGGCGAGGUCGUUAUUGCGCAUGCUCAUAGAUCUUGACAAACCAAACGUGCACAGCGACCGACAUGAACUAUCACCUGGAAACGAAGCAGGUGCGGAUCCCAGACUGCCUGGAUUCAACAGGAACCGAUUGUUUACCAAGCCGUGUAGCAGCCCACCUCUGUCCACUGCACCGGAGCGGAACAAACAGAGCCCAGGGUCUCACCAAGUGCUCUCAUCUACAAUGUAAUAGAAUAUCUUACCUGUUUACAAGCACUUAAUAACUAUAUUUUAUUUACUGAAACAUUUAGUCUUAUUUCCACCUUCUUUACUUGGUAGAAAGAAGCCCUAUCAUGCGUCUUGUUGAAUAUGUUGUUAGUAAUCAUUGUAUUGCUCACUGUAGGGUUUGCUGCUCAGCUCUUCAGUCGCCAUACUUUUAUGAAUGUGUAUGAACUGAGAACGUCUGUCUACAUGUGUACUGGACCAGCGUCCUUCUGACAUCUAUUAAAUUCACUACAUUAUUUAA